UACAAAUGUGCUUCUCAACUUCAAUUGCCUCCAGAUUAUUUUCCCCAAUUUGAAGAAUUUUUUAAAACACCUAUUCAAGAUAUUUCCAAUUUAUUUAUUUCUUUUCUAAUUGAACAUUGUGAAUUUCCACUUUAUCGAGGAACAAAAAAUGAAAGCAACAACGGUAAAAAACGUUGGCAACAUGCUUUUUCUAUUGGAGAAGUUCAAAUUGAAGAAUUAAAUCCACAUGAAGGAUUGGGUUAUAAAACAAAUUUUUGCAAAAUGCUAAAAGUUCAUUAUCAUAUUUCGGAAAUUUAUUGUUCUAGACAUCAAUUUGAAUAUUUGUAUUUUGAAAGUCAUUUGUUACCUAUGAAGGUCCCUCCACGUCCAUGGCUAGACAGAGGCAAAUGUGGCCCAAAUUAUUUUUUCAAAUCAAAAUUAAUUCGAGAUAUGGACGAAUAUCCACAUUUAAAUUUAAAUGCUGAAUUAUUGGAUAAACGUAUUGAAAAUAAAAUACAAGCUAGACCUGUUUUUGAUGCUUUGAAUGAUUUGGGUUCUACACCGUGGAAAAUUAAUGAAGAAAUUCUCGGACAUAUGAUGAAAGCAUUAGAAAUGUCUUAUAAUUCAAAAAAUGCUUCAUUUCUCAAAAAAUUGGCAAUUCCUAGACAUCCAAAAACUUGUUGGAUUCCUUUGGAUUAUGAUAGAUUUAAAAAGCAAUAUUUAAAAAAGAAUAAAGAAGUUGAAGGAAAAAGUGAAGAAGAAUUGGAUGAAUUUAUUAGAAAAGAAUUUAAUCAUAAAAGGGCAUUAAUGACCAAAAUAAAAAAUGAGCAAAAUUCUCUUUGGUGUUGGCUAAUUUAUCGUUUAAUUUUGGCAAAACAUUAUACUAAUCAAGAUAUUUAUUUUCCUCAUAAUUUGGAUUUUCGUGGUCGUUGUUAUCCAAUUUCACCACAAAUUAAUCAUAUGGGGGAUGAUUUAAAUAGAGGACUUUUAAAAUUUGCAAAAGGAAAACCUUUGGGUGUUGAUGGUUUUCGUUGGUUAAAAUUACACUGCGUAAAUAUUACUGGAAAAUUAAAAAGAAAACCACUUUCUGAAAGACUAGAAUAUGCCGAAAAACAUUUUGACGAAAUGAUUAAAUCUGCUGAAAAACCUUUUGAAGGAGGAAAUUGGUGGUGGGAAGAUACUGAAGAACCUUGGCAAACACUUGCUGCUUGUAUAGAAAUUAGAGAUGCAAUAAAAAGUGGUGAUCCGCACAAGUUUUGUAGUCAUUUACCUAUACAUCAAGAUGGUUCUUGUAAUGGUUUACAACAUUAUGCAGCACUUGGACGUGAUCUUAAAGGGGCGGUUGGAGUUAAUCUUGUACCUUCCGAAGUUCCACAAGAUAUUUAUACAACUGUAUUGGAACGGGUUGAAAAAUUUCGAAAAGAAGAUGAGGAAGACGUAACGAGUAAAUAUCAUGAAAUUUCAAAAGAAAUGAGAGAAUUUAUAAGUGGGCCAAUUGAAAGAAAAAUAAUUAAACAAACGGUAAUGACUGUAGCUUAUGGUGUAACUCAUUAUGGUGCAAGAGAACAAAUUAGACGACAAUUAAUUACUAUUGAUAUUCCAGACAGAAAUAAGGAGGCCUCUCGUUUUGCAACAUAUUUGACAAAGCGAACAUUUGAUGGACUAACAGACGCUUUUGAAAAUUCAAAGAAUUUAAUGAUUUGGUUUAAAUCUUGUGCUGGUCAAGUCCUAAAAUUAAGACAACCUUUAGAAUGGGUUACACCUCUUGGUUUACCUGUUGUUCAACCAUAUGUUACUGUUGAACAAGUAGAUGAUGCUCUAGCUUUUUUGCCGAUUCGACAUAAACAAAUGAAUGCUUUCCCUCCAAAUUUUGUUCAUUCACUCGAUUCAACUCAUAUGAUGCUUACUUCCCUUUAUUGCCGAAAACUUGGAAUAACAUUUGCUGCUAUACACGAUUGUUAUUGGACACAUGCUUGUGAUGUUGAUGAAAUGAAUAAGAUUUGUCGAGAACAAUUUAUUGCCCUACACAAACAGCCAAUAAUUCAAAAAUUAUCUCAAUCAUUCAAUUCAACAUAUUUAACGGAUUCUAUCCGUGAAAAAAUGCCGGAAAAGCUUGUAUCAGAUAUAAGCAAUGUUUUUGAUUCAUCAUCAUUAAAAUUAGGAGAAUUAGAUAUUAAUGAAGUACUAAAGUCAACGUACUUCUUUUGUUAAAGUUUUUUUGUUUUUUUUUGUUAAUGAGAGAAAGAUUUUUAUUAUUUUUAGAGUAUUCAAGAUUUUUCAAGUUUUUUAAGGGAAAAAUAUUUUUAUCAGUCAAAAAUAACAUGUAAGGGAGAAGCAACGGUAAUUUGUAAGAGAGAGUAGA